UUCCCUCCUCCUCGCUUCCGGUUCCGCUUUCCCCUCAGCCGCUCCGUUCUCGGGAAGGUCGCGCAGGGCGGACGAGUGUUCGCCGUCUCCUGUCCUYAUCAUGCUGUCCGCCAGCGUCCGCCGCUUCACUACCUCUGCGAUCCGCCGCAGCCACUAUGAGGAGGGACCCGGCAAGAAUCUCCCGUUCUCUGUGGACAACAAGUGGCGGCUGCUCGUGCUGAUGUGUGGRUUCUUUGGGAGUGGGUUUGGUGCCCCUUUCUUCAUUGUCAGACACCAGCUCCUGAAGAAAUGAAGAGGAUAAGCUGUGGCUGUGCUAGCUGGAGUUGAAGUCCUCUACACAGCAUCGUUUAAUGGGGAAAUGAUAGCUGCAACCCAUGCUGGAUGUCUCUAAAUAAAAUCUUAAACGC